UCUGACAUCCAAAAUGAUGCUGCCCCAAAAAGAGGAAUCCACUUCUAGCCGUGCGAUGUCCAAGGAUACGACCAAUCCUGAGAGUUCUUUGCCUCUGUGGAGUCGCCUUUUGGACCACAAUGCGGAUGGUUGCCUGCGGAGGAAAAGUGAGGAAAAGGAGCAGAGCUUCGAAGUGGAGGUCGCCAAUCGAUUGUGGUCCUUGUGGGGCACCGCCUAUCAAGUGGAUUCCGGGGAGAGUAGUACCUCGUCGGAGUCCGCAGCCGGAAGGACCUCGGCCCCAGGAAAAAUGCUGGCCUGCUGUGUGCUAGCCUGUUGUGCAGGCAGUUUCCAUUCCCUGGAUUCCUGGGACUCCCGCCUGUUGGACACGAUCCUGCUGAACGGUGAGGAUUACUACGAUGAAAGCUUGGCGGCCAGGCAGCGCAGGGAUUUGGAGGGUGAAGUCUCCCUGGAAACUUUAAACCCCUCCUGCCAACUGGAUGGACGCCACUUUUGGGUGGACAUCGAGAGGUUCUCGUCCGGAAAGUUGUUCAGCAAAACCAAGAGCUUGGGAUCCGCAUUGAGUGUGUUCUUUGCCCAUCGCUUGCAAACCGGCAUACUUCAGCUAAGGGAUCAGGCUCUGGCCUUCGGUUUCAUACCAAAGUUUGCCUCCGGAGGAGGAUUCUUCCUCUUCCACUGCCAGGCGAGGGGGAAGCCCCUCUUCAAGGACUGCGAGAGUGCUCCCUAUGUCCUUAGGAUGCGAAAGCUGCAGCAACUUCUCUACUGCAUGCUGAUCACAUUGGACGAGCGCCGACGCAACGUGCCCUUCAGGAUCUACAAGGUGGGAUGUGUUCCCAGUGCUGUUUAGAGGGGCCACUUUGUAAGCUCAACUCUGCAAAAAUUCCUACUCUAAAAUAUACCGAAACCAAGCCAAAUUAAAUAGUAAUUAAAAUAA